AUGAGAGAACGCCAACCUCGUCGCGAAGACUACACCGUAGGCUGGGUCUGCGCUCUGCCAAUCGAACUAGCAGCCGCACAAGCAAUGCUAGACACCGAACACUCCAGCAUACGCCUGCAGAUCAACGAUCCCAGCAUAUUCAUUUUGGGAAAUAUUGCCGGGCACAACGUUGUGAUUACCUGUCUCCCAGAUGGACAGAUAGGCACCAGCUCCGCCGCGACCGUGGCAAUCCAGAUGCGCUCUGCGUUUCCAUCCAUCCGGUUCGGCCUCAUGGUGGGAAUCGGUGGGGGUGUUCCCAGUCCUGAGCACGAUAUCCGGUUGGGAGAUGUGGUUGUUGGUCGACCAGAUAAUCAAACUGGGGGCGUGGUGCAGUAUGACUUUGGGAAGAGCACGUCUAAUGGGUUCGUACGCACGGGCUUUUUAAAUGCGCCCCCGGUUAUUCUGUUGAAUGCGGUGGCCCUGCUACGGGCCAGGCAUUUUCUGGGGAGGGGAACGAUGACCGAGUAUAUGGAAGGGCUUAAGGAUAUGCCCGCUUUCACGCACGAUAAAGACAAAAACAGGGAUGUCCUGUUCGAGGCGGCAUAUAAUCAUGCUGGGGGAAUGACAUGUGAGGAAUGCGACAAGGAACAAUCGAUUCAACGCGACGAACGUGAAGGCCAUGAUAUCAAAGUGCAUUAUGGAACAAUUGCGUCGGGGAAUCAAGUACUCAAGGACGCGCAUGAACGAGACCGACUCGCAGCAGAAUUAGGUGGGGUGUUGUGCUUCGAGAUGGAAGCUGCCGGGCUGGUGAAUAAUUUCCCAUGCCUGGUGAUCCGAGGCAUUUGUGAUUAUGCCGAUUCGCAUAAAAACAAGAAAUGGCAGCCUUAUGCUGCCGGGGUGGCGGCUGCUUAUGCGAAGGAGUUGUUGUCGGUCAUACCACCAGGGCAUGUGGAGAGAACGAGACCUAUGAGGAGAAAUGCUCCCAGAAAACUCUUCUUGGUUCCAUUCCAGAGAGAUGGAAACUUCACUGGUCGUGAUUCUAUAAUGAGUGAGCUUGGUAGACGAUACGAUGCUGCUGCAUUUGAACGUUUUCUCAGCAUAGCUCUCGUUGGAGAUAAAGACACAGGUAAAUCACACAUUGCCCUUGAAUACGCUUACCGAAGCCCCCAACAUGUGCCCUGGCUAUCCGUAUUCUGGGUCAACGCAAGCAGCAUCUCCCGAUACAGAAGGUCUUAUCAAGAUAUAGCUAACAGUCUUGAUCUACCCGGAAAAGAUGACCCUGCCGUCGAUGUCGUGGAACUGGUAUUGGAAUGGCUAGCUGACGAAGAGAAUGGGCCAUGGCUGGUUAUUCUGGACAAUGUCAUUAACGUGGGUGUUUCCCAUGAGACAGGGCUUCCUGUUCUGCUGGAGGAUGACGUGACGGAGACGAUUCCGAUUGUUUCGUCGUUCCCAGAAGCAAAACAUGGAUCUUUGCUUGUCACGUCACGCAAUUUGGAGGCUGCAAUGAGUAUUGUUGGUUCAGCUGAGAACAUUGUCCAUGUCCAGCCAAUGGACGAAGGGCCGAGAAGUGCAAUUGGGAUUGGGCGGGAUAUGCUGGCCAACCUGGCUCUGGACAGCCCAAAGGAUGGUCGGACACCAUUAUCGUGGGCUGCAGAGGCUGGGAUUGUGCCAGUCGUGAGAUUAUUGCUUGCUACUGGUAAAGUGGACGUCGAUUCCAGAGACUCACAUUACGGUCGAUCGCCUCUAUCAUGGGCUGCGGGGGCUGGGCAUGCAGAAAUUGUUCAGCUCCUUCUAGCAACCAACAAAGUCGACAUCAACUCCGUUGAUUACCAAAAUCGGCCGCCACUGACCUGGGCGCUCUUUAAUUCUCUCGAGCGAAUGAAACCCGUAGUCAAGCUGCUCCUAGCCACUGGCCAAGCUGACCUAAACAUCCGCGAUGAAACAUCAGACCGCACAGCCCUUUCGUGGGUGUGUGGAAUGGGCCACCUAGAGAUUGUCAAAUCGCUGCUUGAAACCGGCAAGGCGGAUGUCAACACCAUAGAGAAAUACCACGGACGAACGCCGCUUUCCUGGGCCGCAUUUGACAAGCAUCAAGAAAUCAUGAAGGUGUUGAUUGCUACUGGACAUGCAGACUUGGAAGCAAGAGAUAACGAAGAGGGCCGGACUGUACUGUCUUUGGCGGCAGGGAAUGGACUUGAAGCUGGGGUGAGAGCUUUGUUAGAGACUGAGAAGGUGGAUGUUAAUUCCAAAGACCGGAACAGGAGGACACCGCUAUUCUGGGCAUUAAAGAAUGGACAUCAAAAUACCGCUCUUCUCCUAGAGGAGGCUUUGAGCGGAUAA